AUGAUUAAAAGUAUACAAGAAAUAGUUAAUCAAAAAUGCCGUGCACAAAUUUCUGAAUGCAAUACAGGGGAAUUAUUUGAAGAAUUGGAUCGUGCGUUGGAUGCUCAGUAUGAUUGUGAAUAUGGUUGCACUAUAGAUCGUAUUCGUUUGCCUUCGAAAAAUAUUCUUAAAAAGUUUUAUAUAUUCUUGGAUAAUUCUUUAAAUAAUUUAAAUAAUUUUGAUCCGAACGUAUGUAAUUAUUUAAAUAAAUGGAUAGAAUAUAAAGGAAAUGAAUACAAAAAAAUUGAUGAGAAUAUAUUUGAUAUGCAGAACUGGAAAGAAGAUAUGAAUACUAUAUUCAGUAAUAAAAAUACUUUAGAACAAUGCCCAAAUAAUGAAUGCUGUAAAUAUUCUUCAAGUAUAUCUAUACCUCCUCCUGUAAGACGUUUAAUUAUACCUGAAGAGGAUGAUGAAGGAGAUGACAGUGAAUUAUUUGUAUUUAGUAGUGUUGAUACUGAAGAUAUUGGUGAAAAUGAAACUCACGCUUCUCAUUUUGUUGCAUUACCAAUAAGAAAGAUUAUUUUUCUUACUUUUUUAGUUAUAAUAACAGUUCUAUUUAUUAUUUUUUUUUCAUCUAAGAAUGCAAAAAUAAAAACAUUUCUAGGUAAUAUCUAUAACUGGAUGAUCCUAAAGAGUAAUCGUACUAUGAAUAGAAAUAGUAUUGCAUAUAAUGAUGAUUUUCUAUUAUACUCAACAAACGAGAGUAUUAAUAUAGGAUAUGUAUAA